GAGAGAGAGAGAGAAUUGAUUUAUAAGAUAAGGAGGUUGUGGUGAGUAUAAAUGGUGGCGGGGAAUAUGACUCUUCACCAGAGACCAGCCAUGAAGACCUUCGUGUUCUGCCUUCUCCUCGCUGGAGCGCUCGCCGCUCCAUCGCACAAGCUGAGGUUCAGUUUAGGUAACUACAAGAUCGUGGGAGGCACCGAUGUGAGCCUGGUGAGUUUCCUUAUCAGUCUGAGCUUCCAAGACAUCAGUUACGGUGAUGCGUGGCACUUCUGUGGCGCCUCCCUAUACAAGGAGGACUGGGCCAUCUCUGCUGGUCAUUGUGUCUACGGUGAAGACUUUAACAAUCCAGAUUAUCUUCAGGUAAGUCGUGUAUUAUUUCACAUAUAAAGGGGGCGUACAUUAUAGAGAGUUUAAAUACUCUAAUUAUAGUUUACUCUAAUUUAUAUAGAUACAUUAUAUUAAUAUGUUGUGACACUGAUUACUCAGUGGAGGAAGCUGGUAUAUAUACCUGUCAGUAAGACAACAGCGGGUAAUGGUACGUGGUGAGGUGUCAGAGUGGGAGCCCGUAACGAGCUUGGUUCCACAGAGGUCAGUCCUAGGACCGGUGCUGUUUCUGGUAUUUGUGAACGAAAAGACGGAAGGAAAAGACUCCGAAGUGUCCGUGUUUGCAGAUGAUGUGAAGUUGAUGAGAAGAAUACAUUCGGAUGAGGAUCAGGCAGAACUACAAAGGGAUCUGGACAAGCUGUAGGCCUGGUCCAACAACUGGCACCUGGAGUUCAACCACACUAAGUGCAAAGUCAUGAAGACUUGGGGAGGGUACUGAAAGCCGCAGACGGAGUACAGUAUAGGGGGCCGGAGACUAAGAACCUCACUCAAGGAAAAGGAUCUUGGAUUGACUAUGACACCUGGAAUAUCUACUGAGGCGCACAUCAACCAAAUAACUGUUUCAA